UUUUCUUCUUUUUUUCUUCUGCUUUGUUGCACAAUGCUGGGCAACUGUAGCAAAGCUGAAAAGCUUGUCAUUGAUGGGUUACUUGCGACGUGUCCCGUCUCGAGCGCGCCACUCGCAACCUAUGUUGCUUUGCUUGCACGACGCAUCAAUAUUCCGGAAGAGCUGUUGGUCCCAUUGGAUCCCGCAGUCGCAGCAUUGAAAGAUGACAACGAAGCACUGGUUGAAGCUUUGGAGGCGAUUCCGCGCUGGAAUCUCCCAAAGGCUAAUUUAGCGGCAUGGGCACCAGUACUCGACAUGAUGGAUCAUAAACUCCAAGAAAUACUCAAUACUCAGUCAGUCCCGUCGCUGGAGAGCUUGCAAAAGCCGUUAAAGUCGAGUGCCAAUAGCAGUGCCAGCUCGGGUUCCGCGCCAGAAGCCAGCACCGAUGUGACUGCCUCCAGUGCCGUCCUUCUCGAGAAUUUGCGACUGCACUACUUGAUCAACAUUCCCAAGCAGGUUCCCCUCACGUGCGAAAUUGCCUUGCCUUCGACGCGGCGGCUUGUCUUGGCCAUUCUAAGGUUUACCCGAUUGCUCAUCCAAAACUCCACCAACCGACGAAAGUACAAUUCCAUGGAGCACAUUGCCAUGCUUCUUGGCACGAUGGAUUCAGACAUUCAUAUCGCUGCGUUGGAGCUGCUUCAUGCCCUUUGCAAACACCGCCGCUUGCAGCUUCAGUCACCUUCGGUGAUAUCUCUCAUUCGACCUCUCACUGAUCGUCUGGAGCAAUUGGCAGCGGCGUGGGGUGGGAGUCGACAAGGCUUGAGUGUCUUGAAUUGCUAUCGCGACGAGUCUGAACAGACGAUUGUCCUCGGCCGCUCGAUUGUGUAUAACUACUGCAUGGCCCCAGCCCCGGACGAUGCUCCGUCCGAAACUAGCUCUGCCAUGGACACAUCUGAUCCUUCCGGCUCAUCGGCACCUGGAAUGGAAGACGUGAAUGACGCGACAAGCCAACCGACGACCGAGCCUGCACACGCCGCUGGCUCGUCGCCGGCCAAAGUCACCGUUCAAAUUGCCAUUCCCGAUGUGAGAACCUAUCUUCCUGAAGAGGCAGCGCACGUCGACCCUUCGCGAAUUGGCACCCUUGCUCCCCAAGUGUUGAGCGCCAUCUUGAAAACCUACAACGUCCCGCCGCAGUAUCAGUUUGGCCUCCUAGUCUGCAUUAGGAGAGCUCUGGUCUUUCCGUUUCUUCAGCAGCGUAUAGAGCAAAUGAAUGUUCGUCUCGCAGCGUUCUGUGUGAUUGCAAUGACGCGAGAAAACAAACUUGUUACCAGCUUACUGAACGACGACCCAGACCUUCUGGACGAGUUGGUUGACGCACUACAGCAAUCUUCGUCCCUUCCGAUGUACGCUCGCACUUUGAUUGUGCGCAUGCUGACUGGUAUUAGCACGCUGGUCAAUUCGCAUCGCUUUGAAGGCAUUCUGCGCGAGUUGGGAGUUGCUCAGUUUCAUGGCAUUCUGCCUUCCGCCUUGCGGCAGUGCGCGGCCAGUCUUGCAGCUGCGGAAGAAAUCACCCGACUGGAAGAACAAUACGCACUCACAUUGCUCAAAUUUUUCGUGCUGUCGAGUAUUCCUCGAUCAGGCAACAAAUCUUUGGUUGCAUCGGGCGUGGUGGCGACCAUCAUGCCGUUGCUCAACUUGCGUGGUAUCCGCACCGUCAAUGUCUUAACCCUGAUUAAUGCGCUACUGGAAAUGCUGUUCAAGCGAGCCGAAUCUGUGAACGAUUCGCAUUUCAUUUCUUUGGGUGGCGUCACUGCGAUUCUUGACCGGCUGAAAUUGGAACUCGAUGACAUCAUGGCAACGUAUGGUAGCGUUCCACCAGAAUCCCGCAAGCCGCUCAGCUGCGAGCUAUCCCACUACCUGAGCAGUUGUUUCACCUUUUGCCGCCUGGCCACGCGUAUUCCAACUCUGGUUGAUCACAUGCGCAGUGCCUUUGACGGCAGCCUGCCACAGUGCCUGCGCAUUGUGAUUGAACACCGGCAUGUUUUUUCAAGCAGUACCGUUGCCGAUGCCAUCAACUUGGUGGCAGACUUUGUGCACCAUGAACCCACAUUGCUCUCCGCUGUGCAGGAAUCCGGUCUUGCUUCCCUCGUGCUAGAUGCCGUUUUGCGCACAGUACCGCUGCACGUCGAACAACUGAAGAUUCUUCCUCACGCUGUCAGUGCGCUCAGCUUGAAUUCGGCAGGCUUGAAGAUGGUGACGGAUAUCCCCGACGCCUUCCUCGAUGUCUUGUCGAUUUUCACGCGACCCAUUUUCACUUCUUUGCUAUCCUCCGGCAUGACGGUCGCCAAGCUUGGCACUGGGUUUGAAGAACUGAUUCGCCACCAGCCGACUUUGCGACCGGUCGUCUUGCAGGCGUCCGUCACGAUUCUCCGGCGGCUUGUUCUGCUGGCCAAUCCCGCCACAGCUGCCGCGGCUGUUGCAGAGUAUGCAGAGCUUCCUCGGCUCGACCCCAUUGACUUGGAGGAGCUUUCGUUCUGCGAACGUAGUAGCAGUCGAGGCAGUGGCGAUGCGGCACCCAUGGAUGUGUCUUCGUCGUCGUCCUCGUCGUCGUCGUCGGCCUCCACUGUCGCUGCUGCACCGUCGGUUGUUUAUCCAAUUGGCAGCGAUCGACGCCUUCAAAUGCUGUAUGGCUUGACUGGCGUUGAGGAAGACGAAGAGCUCGAGGCCAUUCUUGAACUCCAUGAAAAUCAAGGGGACCAGUUUGCGCUCACUGGCUGCUCGGCACCUUUUGAACCCAUCCGGGAGGUGCGCCCGACCGAUACGGUUGUUCCCGUGGUUGACAUGAUUUGCAACUUUUGCCGAUUCCUCGAAACAUUCAUUUCAGCUGAGGAUGCGUGCAAGGAGUUUGCCAACUUGGGUGGUGUUGACUUGAUGGUGGACUUGUUGACAGCCCCUGCGCUGCCUGCAGACUUUUGGCGGUCUUCUUCUUGCGCAUUCAUCUCUGCAGUGCUUCGCCAAGUCUCGCAGUUGUGCGACAAGGAGAUGACAACGAUUGCCAUCAACCGACUGCACCGCUCGGUGGUGGAAUUGCAAUCCUUGACUGGGCUGUACCAUUUGCAAGGGCUUCCUGUCUUGGUUGGUCGCAUGAAUGAAUCGCAUGCCGAUGCUGCGGUUGAUUCUGCUUUGCAUUCCGCUUCGGAAGCCGACGCCACCUUGCCAGCACGCCCUCCUCCGGAUUCGUCGGACGCGUUCUUUGCGCUCAAACAGUCUGAUGAGCGCCUCGUUCGCGCAUUCAACCACCUUAACAACUUGGUUGUGCUGUUUCGCACUUCACGAGACCAUCGUAGGCUCUCCGCCUCGGCCAUCAACCAAGCCACGCAGCAGUGGAUGACUGAGACGGGGUCCGCGACGGUUCGAGGCUUGUGCCAAGUGUUUGUGAAUGUCUUGAGCCAUUUGAGCACGGUAUCCACUCGGAAGCACCUGAUGCGCUCGAGCCUCUUCCGAGCGCUGGCGACCAGCGAACUACUCGAAGAGCUUCCCAGGCUGACGCGGCAACAACGGCAACCUGCCGCAGGCCAGAGCGCGCCUCGCUCGCAAGCCACGGUGAUUGACAUGAGCCUGGACUGGUACAUUGCUGGCAGAUUGACAGUCAAUUCAAGCGUUGGUGUCGACAUGGAUCUUGCCGCGGUGGAUGUGGCCAUUCGUUUGCGUCAUUUCUUGCGCUUUCUCUUGUCGCUGGUCGGUGCUGCCAAGCAAGAUCCGGCUCGAGCGAACGUGGGCGGUCUGCUGAGCACGGUCGUGGACGGGCUGCUUGAACCAUUUUCGCGCUUUGCUGAUGGGCAGGUUUCUGGUCAAGCUUCACCCAUGCAAUCCGUUCCCCUUCUCGCUGUCAUGUUCAAGGAAAUUCAUUCUUUGCUGCUCGACGACCGCAUGCAGCUCGCGGGCUCUGGGUUUUUACGUGGUCUCAUGGACAACUUUGGCCGCUCGCGUGUCCUAUUUGUCGCUUUGGAGGCCUUUGUGCAGUGCCUGCAUCAAGUCGCUCGGAAUGAGGCAGCCUUGCUGCUGCAUCCCUCCUUGCCUGCUGCAGAGGCGCGGCGGCGAUUGGAGCCCAGCCCAUCGGCAGUGUUGGGUGUUGUCUGCGGCCUCCAACUGCUCGAAUUUGCCUUCCGUCCGGAGAGUGUCAGUCUCCUCUCCGAGGCGGAUGCCCCUCGUGCAGAGCAGCUGAUUUUCUUCUUGGCAGAGUCCAUUGCAAAGUUGUUGCUCAACCUUUUCGGGCAGUCUGAAACGGCGAGCGCAGUGCUUGCCAUGUUUGAUCCCAUCAACUGCUCCACGAUUUGGCUGCUUGCUGGGUUUGUCACCUCACAAAAAUUCCGCAGCUCCAUCAAACCGGCUGCUCCUGCGCCCUCUGCGGACUCGCCGGACUCGAUCUUGCGCGAUCAUGUCCCUGGAGCGUUGCGUACUGCGUUGAUUAAUGCGUACUCUGCCGCAAAUCCCGUCACAGAUCCGGCACUUGUGAGCAUGAUGGUGGACAUGGGCUUUCCCGAGAGACAUGCCGUCCGUGCUCUUCGAGCGGCCAACAACGACAUUGCCCUUGCAACCGAAUGGGCUCUGGAACACGACUACAUCCCGGAUCGUGACACGACGGCACCCAGUAGUGCUGCUGCUGCUGCUGCCCCGGCUCCUGCUGCCGAAGUUCCAGCAGUCGCUGCCGAAGUUCCAGCAGUCGCUGCUGCCACCUCUAGUGAAAAUGACGAAGCUGCCCUCGCCCUGGCCAUCGCAAUGUCACUUCAAGCGCAGCCAGACCCGUCUGCUUCGGCAACAGAGGCCGUCCCUAUGGAGACCGAUACCCUCCCGGCUUCGUCGAGCGCUGCAGGCGACAUCCCGCCCACUGAAAGCGCCACUCCCAUGGACUUUGCCUCCGAUUCUAUCGCGUCUGUUUCCACGACUACCAACGUCGACACUUUUGAGCCGCUCUCGUUCGGAGUCAACAUCUUGGCUCUGACGGAACAGCUGCCGUCGCUUGUGCUCAACUCGCUGGCGUGGAUUCGGCAUGCCGAAAUUGUCAUUCUCAUGUGCAACACGCUGCUUGGCGUGACGCAUACACUGUCAGAGCUCCUCGUCAUUCCUACACCACACGAGCUUGCCGACAAGUGCCCGCGCCUGCAGACUGCUCUGGUGAACGGGCCGCUCACACUCCGUGUCGGCCAGUUGCUGAUCGACCAGCUCGAGCAAACCAAGCUCGCCGAGCUCGACUCUGAAGACCCACUCGUACACAACCGACUGUUUAAUCAGUUGUACCUGCUGACGUUGUUGUUGCAUUCUGAGCCUGCGUUAGCCCCCAAGCUAACCAGCGCGCUUGCGCGCGUGUGCAUCGACGUCUUGUUGCACAUCUCUAAUGUCAAGUCCCUACCAACCACGCCUGGAGCCGAAACUACCCUUCCGACCGAGACAGCAGCUCCGCAUGAACAUUUGGUUGUGCGGCAGCGCCUGUGGCAAGCGCCCCUGCUCCUUUUGCUGGAUGCCAUGUACCAGAUCAUGAAGGUGCACACCCGAGUGGCCCAAGCAGAAACUGAACUUGGUCUGUCUGCGCCGUCUAGCAAGCCCUCGGCAGCGUCAUCAUCCUCAUCUGCAGACGUCUCGUCCACGAAAAAGCCCAACCCGGCUCCGGCUUCCUCCUCGUCUGCCUCCUCCUCGUCGACUCGCCCGCGAAAUUCGCCCUUUUCCAUCUUUUCCCCGUCGACAUUCCCGAUGCACUCGCUCAAGAAUGAGGUACAAGGUCAAAAAGAGCGAUCGACUGCGGCUCUUCUUGAACCUUUUGGUGGCACGGCGCCCUUCUCUUUUGCCUUUUGCUUUGCGUUGCCCCAGCUCUUUGCGCAGACUGACGUGGACGACAUGCUGCUGGCCUGCUCUCGAUUGCUCGACUCUGAGCGCAGCAUUUCGGGCUUGACCCCACCGACCGUUUCUCAAGCAGCCUGUCAACUCCUCGUUCUCUUGACGCAAGACCAUCGCAACGCAAUCUUCUUGUUUGAACACGCGCGCGUCCUCUCGUUGCUUUUUGCGCUGCCAAAGCCCUCGCGAUUCCAGGGAAUUGAUCUGCUGAUUACCAUGCUGAUUCGACAUGUCUUUGAAGACCAGCACACGCUAGCGUUCUCGCUGAAACAAAACCUCAUCGUGCGCAGUCACGAGUUCUUCACCAACCGCUCGUCUCGCUCUGGAGUCUGGGCUGGAUCGUCGUUGUUCUACAAACUCGUCGGCGCCGCGAUGCGGUCUGAGGAAGCCACGAUCGAAGCGCUGUGUGACUUGCUUCGUCUGCCCACCAAACCCAGCGAAGCCAAGCAUGUCUCGCUUGCCAGACUGACCGUUUUGCAGACCGACUCUGGAUCCGAUAGUGCUGCUGCUUCAGACAAGCCGUCGUCCAGUGCUUCCGAGGAACCCACCACCGUGUCGAGCCGGUAUCCCCCUCGGUUUGCAAACGAGACGGUCGUUCAAGGGGUUGUAGGCUGGUUGCUCGAGCGCUUGGUCGUCGAGGCGCUGGCCAAUCCCCUUUUGCAGCUCAACCUCCCUCCAGCUGUGGCCGAGGAGACGUUCCAUGGCGUCGCCACUCCAGCCACGCCAGCUACUCCAGCGCAACCCUCGACUGCUCGGCACGUGUCCCCUGGCACUGCCGUUCCCGCCGUUCCCGCCGUUGUGCCCGCAUCGCUGGCGCCUGCGUCGUUGGCGUCGCAAGCUCCAGCAGGAGCUGCACCCCCUAAAGGUGCUGCGGCUUCGCAAGAGCACGAGUUGUCUGUGCCGUUCAUUUUGCAGCUGCUUGGCGAGCUCGUGGUCGCCUUCCCUGCCUGCUUGCGCAUGUUUAUCAACUACCGAGUCGCAGGGUUUGCGCCUCGCGGGAAGCGCGUUUCUCUCGUCCAAUUUAUCCUGCAAUACUUGGUGCCUCAUCAUGCAGUGUCAACAGCCGAGUCCGCGCCGGCUGUGGCCGCGAACAGGUUUGUGUGCGAGAUUGCAAUGCGCUCGUGCUACUUGAUUGCCUCGCUUGUGGCUGCUGCCCGCAAUUUGCCACCAAGCCCCGAAGCUAUCGUUCAGGGCUCUGCACGCCCUUCGCCGCCGGUUCCUGGUGAUGAGAUUGUCGCGCGCAUCUUCUUGCGUCUUCGCUCAACCAUCGUGGCUGCGACUGUGCAGCCGUUGGAUCGCCGUGCGCGCUCGUUGCCCUUCCUCACCUUCCUUCUGGCAGACCUGAUGAGCAACUUGCCUUCGGCGCCCAGCUUUUCUUUCGAAUGGAGGCCUCCGACCACGCAAGAGUGGCGCGAUCGUGUCGCAGGCAUCGCAGUCCGCCUUCACGCUGUUCCGACGUUGGCCCUUGCAUUGAAGGCCCUGUCGCCCUCUACCAUGCCUCAAGGCGCAGUCGACGGCUUGCUAAUCACAUUGCAGUCGGCCACACGACAAGCUGCGCUCAAGUUGCUGGAUGACAAGCUGUUUGCAGAGCGAGUUCCCCUCACCCCGGCGCCAACCGCCCAAACUGCCUCUACAUCGCUCAGCCGCAGCAGCAGAGACGCCGCCGUCUCUUCCGCCAACCCACCGCCGGCCACGGCUACGGCUCCGCUCGACGCUGGGCUUGUGCAGCUCUCUGACGCCCUGGCGAUGCCCCCGCCGCCUCGUCCACUCGCUGGUCGCCGAUCUGGAGCGGCCUCUCCGCGAACAAGCGCUCGACCCGUUUCUACGGGAACUGUGCCCAUGGAUGUUGCGGCAACGUCGGUCCAGCAACAACCUGCAACGCAGCAAGCACAGCAACCUGCAACGCAACAAGCGCAGCAACCAACGUCUGCUGUGCCACCCGCUCAAUCUGCCGCACACUCGUCGUCCUUGGACUCUGCGCUUUCCUCUGCGGCAGGCACUCCGGCAAUUGCUGCUCACUUGUCGAGCGAACCGCCGCUUCCAAUGGCAAGCAUGGGUGAUCUGGAAACCCCUCGUCUUGCUCGUCAUGGCUUCCCUCACACGGACAUGAAUGCUCCCGCCACCCCAAUGGACCAACGGCAGGACGGCAAUUUGGCCAUCUCGCCCGAGGGCGAUACGAGAGACCAGCCAGACCAGCCGCCUUCGUUGCUCCACACGGUUUCCAACCGGUCAUCGCGCGAGGCCCGAACUCGAGCAGCGGCACGCCGACUUCUUGCCGAGCGUCAACUGGUGGUCGAAGGUGAAGAAGACGACGAAGAAGACCAAGACAUGGAGGGCCAUGAUUUCAGCUUGCGAAAUCUCGAAGACACCUUCCUCAACCUUCAAAACAAUGGCGGCGGCCAUUUUGUUCUCCAAGUUGGUGGCGAAGAUGAUGACGAAGGCCAGCUUGAACAGGACAAUGCUGAACUUUUGCAAGAUGCUGGGCGGCACUUUGUUUUGCAAGUUGGCAAUGGAGGUGUCGACAAUGUCGAAGCCGCCGAUCUUGCACAACGCAUCCGCAACGCUGUGGACCUUGACGCAGACAUUGACCCCGAACUGGAUGAUGAUAUUCUGCACAUCCCCAUGGGUGACGAUGACGAAGACGAGGACGAGGACGAUGAGGAGGACAACGAGCUGGACGAAGAAGAAGAGCACCGUAAUCUCGCCGCAGCCGACUCUGAAGCCGACGAUGACGACGACGACAGUGAUGAGGAUGAGGAUGCCGAGUCUGGCUCUGAUCGUGAAGGUGACAGCGCGCCGCUCCGAGGCCGUCAAUUGUUCGAUGCCGAACUUGCCUCCGAGUCCGAAUCUGAGUCUGGCGAAGAGGACGAAGAUCUCGAGGACGACGACCAGUACGAGGAUGUUUCUGGCAGCGACAAUGAUGAUGACGACGAUGACAACGAUGAAAACGGCGGUGAUGAAGACGAUCAAGGCGAUGACGAUGACGAAGCAGCAGCUGGACUUCAUGCUUCGAGAGGUCCAGCUUUGGCGCGUCUCUUGCGCAGCAUCAAUGCUGGUGAAUCAUCAUCAUCCCGACGUGCACGUGCACCUCGCCAUCGCGCACGACAUACCGGAACUGCCCGCGCGCACGAGGGCCCCGAAUCGGCGUCACGAGACUCGAGUGCUGCAAUGGAGAAUGGCUUUGAUGCUUUGAGCGAACGUGGCCCAGAUGCUGAAGCAGCCGCAGCUUUAUCCGAGCGAGCUCCCGCUACUCGAUCAUCUCGUCGAUCAGCAGCAGCAGCAGCAGCAGCAGCAGCACCCCAGCGUACGUCCCGUGCUUCCUCUCGAGGUCGCGGUGGCGCUGCCCCCGCCCACCAUGUCGCCCGUCAUCCGACAUCCGCUGACUCAUCCUCUUCUGCACCUUCAAUGGCCGACGAGCUUGCCAGUCGUGCUUCUGGCGAUGCAAUGGCUGAAAGCGAUGACGACGACGAAUGGGAGGACGAUGAUGAUGAUGAUGAGCCGUCUCUCCAAAUUCACAAUCCUGUGCAUCAUGAUGAUGGUCAUGGUCACCAUCAUCAUGACCAUGAUGACGAUGACGAUGAUGACGAUGACGAUGAGGACGAUGAUGACGAUGGCGAUGGCGACGACGAAGAGAAUGCAGACAGCUCGGGCGAUGACUCUGGUGCUCGUUCUCCGUCCGAAAUGUUUGCUCAAGACAGCGCUGGACAUCUUGCUGAGGAAAACAUGAACGGCAAUGACGAUGAAGAUGACCAGGACGACGCCGAGCAUGGCGAUGGAGAAAUAUUCCUUGAUACCAACCAAGGGGUCGGACUCGCCAUGUCGCGGCACGAGCUGAUUGAGAAUGUUCGCAACGAGCUGGUUCGACACUCCCAGCACCCCGCUGGUGACGACCAGCAACUCAUCCAACCGCUCGUUAGUCUGAUUCAGGCCUUGGCUCGCGCCCAUCAAAGUGGCAUCUCCGCUGAAGAUAUCGAAGCCGAGACUGAGAUGCACGGCGCCAGUAUGCCCUUGUCUGCGCCUCACGCGACUCAUUUCCCGGAAAACCACAACAUGCGAGCGAUGGAAGCCUCUCUCAUUGAUGGCCACUCUUCUGCGCCUCCUACAAGCGCUGGACCUCCGUCUGGCCCUUCGCCGUUUGGCGGUCACAACCCUACAUUUGUGGGCAUUCAGCCGUGGGAGCUGCGUUCUUCCAUUCGGUCUCCUCGUAACGGUGAAGCAGGACAUCCACUGCUGCGCUCCGAGCUGCUGUCGAUUGCGCCUGGCGAAACGCUGCUGGCCGAGAAGACUGUUUCUGCAAAGCAGCAAAAGGGCAAAGGCAAGGCGUCCGAAACUAGCCUUCGUGAGGAUGCAGCCGCGCCCUCUGCUCCGUCUGGGUCUGACAAAGCCAGUGUUGUUGAACCACCGCUUCGUGCCAAGACCAGCCGUCAGUCGACGCGCAACUUUAUCGAGCUGCCACUCGACCAGCUGGCCGAGUCUGUGCAAAACGAGUCGCAUCGCCACCGUCUCUUCCAGCGCGUUAUCGUCACUACGCACACUGGUAUGUUCGCCUUUGCGGCUCUGCAGCUCGAAACCCUGUCUCCGCCGUCCGGAGAGGCGCCCAAGAACAAUACGGCUGCCAGCGACAACCCCCUGCACGAGAGCAGCUACGGCCUUCGUGGUGCUUUCAGCUCGCUCGCCAUGUGGAAUCUCGAGUUUGUCAUGCUCCAACGACAUGCAUCGUACGACGACCUGAUGAGCAUCAUGAUUGCUCGGCUGCAACGCGCGCUCUUCAAGCUGCCAGUCGUGACGCCCUCGCAAGUGCAAGCCAAAACCGCAGCGCUGGUCAGCUCGCGUGCGCUUCCUCGAGGCCAUCUGGGUCGCGGUGUUCGCGACCGACGCGAUUAUGAUCGGUCAACCACGCCCACAUAUCCAAACCCAGACAUGGUCGGCGAAAACGCUGUUGUUGCGGCCGCGUCAUCCAGCAGCUCUGCGCCCGGGCCCUCGACUUCUUCUGCCAGCACUUCUCUCUCGCAGUUUGAGCGAGACAUGGGCUUCUCCCUGCCUGACAGUGAAGGACUGUCGGAAGCUCAUGGUGUGUCUUCUGCUGCUACUGGCGGUGCUGCUAGUGCCGGUGCUGCUAGUGCCGGUGCUGCUAGUGCCGGUGCUGCUAGUGCCGGUGCUGCGAGUGCCGGUGCUGUUGGUGCUCCUGCCGCUACCGGACGUCCCGCGCCCGUGGCUCGCGCUGCUUCGCACGCCGAAGCCGGAGCUGUUUCGCCGAGCCAUUCCGCUGCAAGCGACAACCGUGGCAUCGACCCGGCCUUCCUUGCUGCUCUGCCGCCGGCUCAACGGGAGCAAGUGCUUGCUCAAGAGCGAAGUGUGGCGCCGUACUUUAUGGCGCGAGCUCCUUCGGGCUCUUUGCAAGUCGCCUCGCCCCGGUUGAGCGAACGCCCUCUCGCCGCCCCAUCCGGAUCAAGUGCGGCUGAAAUGCCGGGCAUUGACCCAACAUUCCUGGCGGCCUUGGCACCUGCUGCUCGUGAGCGAGUUUUGGAGCAGGAGCGCAUCAUGGCUUCCCCAGCCCGCUCGGCUGCCGGCCGUGCCACUAUCUCCUCCCCUGCGCCUAUUGCUCCAACGCUUGCUGCUUCCGCGACGGCUGCUGCUUCGACGACGGCUGCUCCUUCGGCUGCCCCUGCCUCUUCUACCACUCCUGCCACCCGUGACGCGGUCGUUCCGACGACGACUGCCGAGGCAAACAACGUGGCGCACGCGCCUCCAACUCGUCGAGCUGCAAGCAGUCAUGACGCAAAAUGCUGGAGCUUUACCACACAUUGUGAUCACCACACGGGCACUGCCCUUCGGCACUUCCUCGAUGCCGAAACGCUCAUUGUCAUCAUUCAGAAACUCGUGCAAGGAUCGCAGCUGUCCGAAAAUGGCAACGCCCAGUUGGAUGCCAUCCUCGCCAACUUGAUUACCAACGUUACCGCGCGCUUUUGGCUGUUCAGCGCUCUGUUGUGCGUUUUGCGCGAAGCAUGCGCGAGCGCCGAGCUUCCGUCUGCGCACUCUGCCGCCGCUUCAUCCGUGCUCGAUGCAAGUAUGGACUCUGGCAUGGCAAUUGCCGUUGUCAAGCGCGUGUUGGAUGCCCUUCUCGCCUUGUCGGAUCGCAUUGUGGGCUUGUGCUACGCCCACACGUUGGAUAUUUCGCACGCCAAGGUCUUUGGUACUGCCUACCUGGAAGGGCUCCCGCGAAACGUCCAGGAGUUUGUCGUAGAGCGUUCUGGUGGGCUUGGUGAAGCACUGCGCGCCUGCAACUCGCCUCUAGCCGACGAGCUGGGUGCCGAUAAGGUGCAGCCCCUGUCCUUCCUCAUUUCACUGCUGCGCUGCAAUGUGGUUCAACGCAGUCCGUCCACUGUUGAGCGGCUACUGACGUUGAUCAUCCAAUUUGUUCCCUCGCGGCACGAGCUCCAUCACCACCGAAAGCGCCUGCUCGGGGAGCAUGCAGCUGAACUUGCAGCUCGCGAGAGUGGCCGUGCGGCUUCGUCGUCCUCUGCUUCAACUGUAGCUCAGUCUUCAGUGCCUGCUUCGAGCUCUAGUGCCAUGGACACUGCUCCAGCGCCCAAAAGCACAGAGUCGGUUGAGCUGGCUGCAAGCAAAACACCUGCCGCCGCUACCUCCACCACCACCUCUUCCACCACCACCACCACGGUACCGAGUUCCAUCUUCCCAACAGCGGCCGAUUUUCGAGCAACGCGCGGGACACUUGGCGAAAUUCCCGUCCUCCCAACGGCGACUCUCCAAGAGCUUGUCCGCUUGGCAUGCAGCGCUUUGCCUUGGACAAAGAUGGCACUGACUGUGCUGCGGCGCAUCGCCUAUGCCAACCCAUGGAACGAGCAGGCAGUGAUGCCAGAGUUGGAUGCGCUCUGCCAACAGCAUUCUGCGAGUGUUAUUGCGGAGCUUGCAACACUGUCACGCCAGCUGCAUGCUUUGAUUGCUGACUCGAGCGAAUCCGCCAAUCGCACGCGUGCUCAAAAGGUCCAACUGGCAUUCGAGCCCUUCUCAUCCCGCACCUCCUCCCAGGCUACCUUCACGCAUAUUAUUGUCACCAUUUUGAGCAUUCGUUCGCGAGAAAAGGCCGAUGCCGAGAAAGAGCGCUCCAAGCAACGUUCUGCUGUGCGUCGAGCUUCGGCCGCUGUUUCCGACGUGACCGGUGGCGGUGGUACUGUGGCUUUGGGCAAUCGAAGCGCCGAUUCUCCUGCUGCUUCUAGCUCGCGCACGCACUUGCCUUCCGCCGCAAUGAACACUUCCAGCACUUCCAGCGCCACAACUACUGCUCGCGCUGGCGCAAGCUCCUCCUUGCUGGGCGAAACAGAGCCUGCAGCCGCUGCCUUGCACAAGCCCCUCUACGCGCUCAACACAUCCCUGGGACUGACUCCUCUGUGGGAGAAGCUGAGUGAGAGUCUUGGCUAUCUUGCUCAGCUUGACGCGUCUGACUCUGUGGGCAUUCUGCUCCCGCUUGUCGAGAUUUUCUUUAUGAUUCAUCGUGAUGUGGAGGCAUUUGCAAAGCCGUCUACCAAAGGUGGUGAAGGCGCGCCUGCAGCGUCUGCCGCAACCCCUGUGGUAUCGAGAAACAUUCCAGCUGCCUCGCCGUUGACGUCCACGAUUGGCCCUGGUGGUCCGUUCGCGUCUGGGGCACGGUCGCCGCACAUCACGGCCCAGACUGCGGGCUCUCCGCUGGCGCCGUCUGCAUCGCUGCUGGCGCGAGGAGACUCGGUCACGUCGACGCACGCCAAUCUCGAUCCGGACUCGGCUCGCUUUAUUGCGUUUGUCGAAACGCAUCGCAAGAUUAUCAACGAUCUGAUGCACCGCAUGCCGUGGGCGCUGACGCGAGGUCCGUUCGACGUGCUUGUCCAUCUGCCUCGCGUGCUUGACUUUGACAACAAGCGCAUCUUCUUCCGUCACAAGCUGACUCAGCUCGAGAAGGGCAAGCACUACGCGCCCAUCCGUCUGCAGGUGCGUCGCGAACGCAUCUUUGAAGACUCGCUCGAGCGCCUUUCGCGCAAGAGCGACACCGAAAUGCAUGGUCGGUUGACGGUGCAAUUUGCAAACGAAGAAGGCGUCGAUGCUGGCGGCGUGACGCGUGAGUGGUUUUUGAUUCUCUCGCGAGAGUUGUUCAAUGCCAACUAUGCCCUAUUCAAGUCGUCGCCCGAAGGCAGCGCCACCUACCAGCCGUUUGCCAAAUCCUCGGUCAAUCCAAACCACCUGGCUCUCUUCCGGUUUGCAGGUCGUGUGAUUGCCAAAGCCAUCAUUGACAACCGCAUGCUCGAGUGCUACUUUACACGAUCCUUCUACAAGCACAUUCUGGGCCGACCUGUCACAUACCAUGAUAUUGAAGCGACCGAUCCCGACUACUUCAAGUCGCUCAAGUGGAUUCUGGAGAAUGACAUUACGGACGUGAUUGACGAGACGUUUGCAGUCGAGGUCGAAGACUUUGGCGACAAGAAGAUGGUCGAUCUCAAACCGAACGGGCAAUCCAUCCCCGUGACGGAGGAGAACAAGGCGGAAUACGUCCAAUUGGUGACAGAGAAUCGGCUCACAUCGUCCAUCCGCAGUCAAAUCGACGCCUUCCUCACUGGCUUUUACGGCCUCCUUCCCAAGGAGCUCAUUGCCAUCUUCAACGAGCAGGAGCUUGAGCUGCUCAUUUCUGGUCUGCCCGAAAUUGACGUCGAAGAUCUCAAAGCCAACACAGACUACACGCGAGGCGGCUACACGGACACUGCGCCUCAAAUCCAGUGGCUCUGGCGUGCACUCCGCUCGUUCGACCACGAAGAGAAGGCCAAGUUCCUGCAGUUUGUCACAGGCACCUCCAAGGUGCCGCUCGAUGGGUUUAAGGCUCUCGAGGGCAUGAAUGGUCGUCAGCGUUUCUCGGUUCACAAGGCCUUUGGUGACGCCUAUCGCCUUCCAUCCGCGCAUACCUGCUUCAACCAGCUUGACUUGCCCGAGUACGAGUCGUAUGAAGUUCUCAAGGAGCGCCUGCUGACGGCGGUGACGGAGUGUUCCACCGGGUUUGGCUUUGCUUAGACAUGUUUGUUCGUUUGUCUUGUCUUGUCUUGUCUUGCAUUUUUAUUUUUCCCACCCCCCCCUGUUGCGUUGCUAGUUGUAUUGUAUGUUUCUUUGUUGUUUGUUCUUCCAAUGUUUAUUCAUGUUGAUUACUGUUCUGUACCGUG